CAAACAUUCGAUUUAAAAAAUAAUUUUUAAAUCAACUAAAAACGUUAACUUCUGUAGAUUGAAUAAUGCAUAAAAGUUGUAUGAACAAUUACAGGGCAUCGGUGUAUGCAGGAAUAAAAUCAGACGUUGAAGACUUUCUAUUGAAAUUUCGCAAUAAGAACUCUUUAGCUUAUGUUGAUUUCGCUAGUGUAUGGCAAUUGAAAAGUUUUACACUGAUAUUUGCAGACCAAAGACAACUGAAAUCACUUGAGAUACUCUGUGAGACUUGCUUCUUUAUAAUAAAAAAAUACAUCAAAUCUCAUUCAGAUUUACCCAUCCAAGUUGGAGCUUUUUAUUUACUUUAUGGACUCUACUACAAACAGCCUGUUGAACAUUUGUUCAAAAUCCGUCUAACUUUAGAAGAAUUUAAAUCUAUUAAAUCACUUAUGGAAAGAGUUAAACCUAAAGGACAUUACGACAUACUCUAUAUUUAUGCUAAAAUGUUAUCAGAAUAUGCUUUCAAGUUUGUGGCUUGUCCACGAUUAUUGGGUAUAAUCAAAUAUAACUAUUCCAUUGACCAAUAUGAUUUAUUCACCACAAGAACAGGAGAAAAAUUAUUAACAAAAAUUAAAGAUUUAUUCGAGGACCAAACUAUCAAGGAUCUAAAUCAGACUUGUGUAGAUUAUGAUAAGAAAUUACAGGAAUUUGUUAAGAAAAAUCAAACAGACAUGGUAGCAUUUGAGUCUACAUUUUUUCAAAAUUUACGCGAAGAAAAUGAAAGAAUAGUUAGUAAGUUUACUGGAGCUUGUGAAUCGGAAAAUGACGACACAACUACUCGGGCCAGAAUUAGACGAAAAGCUAUGAAGAAUAUGAAUGCUCAAUAUAGGGGAGAAAAACAGAUUUUGACUGCCGCUUCUUUAGAAGAGAAAACUACAGAAGACAAAACAAUUGCCAUAGAUGACGUUAAAAUGGAAACUGCCAUAGAUGACGUUGAAAUGGAAACCUCGAUUAUUCACCAUAGUGAUAGUAGUUCAGUUGAAUCAAAACUUCCAGACUUAACUUCAGUUGAAGAAAAAAAUAAAUCUGAUUGAUCAAUUUUUUUUUCUUUUAUUUUCAUUUAUGUCAUGCUUUUUUAAAUAAAUAACUUAUUAGUUUGUUCUCGAA